ACUGGUUCCCAUGGACACCGUGCGAAAGCGAGGCGGCUGGUGUGUUUCCGCUUACCUCACACUGAGAAGAACGAAACCGGUUAGCUUUUGGGACGAAGCGAAGGAAAGGACAAUACCAUACUAAAUAAGCCAUUUUGCGCUUAAUUUAACAAUUUGAGUAUAGUCUGUCUAUUUUAAUUAUUCGAGUCCAUGUCCCGACAGUGAGAACGAAGAGGAGGGCUUGAAGGUAUUUAGGCUUUUCGUUGGUUGAACCUCAGCGGACUGUAGAGCUGGUAUCCAGGGGAACGAUGAGCGAUGGAAUGGUAUUGUGUGAGACGAGAGCCCUGGCUUCCUCUCCAGUCCACAGGCUGGCUACGUCUGUACUCCUUUUCCUCGCCCUGCUCCCCCACGGACACGCAUCAGGAUGUCCGCGGCCCGUGGCUGUGGAGCAUGGGGAGCUAGUGAACCAGACUGAGGCCAACCGAGGCUCCUCCCCCCCUGGUACCCUGCUGUCCUAUAGCUGUGAGCCGGGCUACGGCCCAGAUGGACCCACCACCAUCACCUGUACCACUGCUGGAACAUGGUCCCACCUGCCUCCACGCUGCAUAAGCACUAAUGUGUGCCCCCCUCCCACGGAGCCAGAGAAUGGAGGGUACAGGUGCCACCCGUCCCCCUGCCACCGCCUCACCCAGAAGACCGUGAUAGAGUACUUCUGUGACGAGGGCUACGCUCUGAAGGGGGACUACAAGUUCCUCACCUGUCAGAAUGGGGAGUGGGACGUACCCAUGCAGAUCACCUGCCGCCUCAGCCCAGAUAAGGAGCCGCGGUCUCCGUUGGCGAUGCCAACGCUGUCCAUCGUAGCGUCCACAGCCUCCUCUGUGGCCCUCCUGCUGCUGGUGGUGGUGCUGUUUGUUCUGCUGCAGCCCAAACUCAAGUCCUUCCACCACAGCAGGCGUGAGCAGGGUGUCUCAGGCCAGCCAGCCUCUAUCGUGGUGGAAGGGGUCCAGGUGGCCCUCCCCUCCUAUGAGGAGGCCGUGUACGGCAGUGGCGGCGGCGCCUCUCUCCCCCCACCUCCAGAGUCCCGGGUUCAGAUCGUCAUGUCUGAGGGCCCCCGGGGGGCCGAGGGCGGAGCAGAGGGACUGAGUCCCAGCAGUAGGUCCCAGUCCCACCAUCACAGAGACAGAGAGAGAGAUACAGAGCUGUGCCUCCCCUCCUCCUCUUCCUCCUUCCCUUCAUCCUGCCGUCACGCAGAGACCGUACUAGUCCACCAGGCCCCCUCCGCCUCCUCUUCGUCGUCGUGGGUUACGGCACACGGAGGGGGUGCCCUUGCCAGACGUAGAGACUCAGAGAGCAGUGACCAGCACAGCCUGCUUUCUGUCACCUCUGUAGGCGACUUCUCUGAUGAUAUCCCCCUGUUAAAGGAAACCUGAAGCCCCUGCAGCAGCAUCACUCCGCCCCUACAGCUGAGCAGGAAACUAAGGCUUCUGCUGUGGCCUACUGGGGCUUUCUAGCUGAACGAUACCACCCUACCUUAUGUCUCUGAACCACAGAACUACAGAAUUACCCCUCGCAGCAAAGACAGGAAUCAUGUCAAAGAAACUCAACCUCCCUCCCCCUCUACAUCUGCAACUUCUCACACGGCGCAAAGACGAGCAGAGUCCACUUCACCCCCAAUUAUUACCACCCAUGCACGGAACUUAGACAAACCAUGUCCACCACCAGUAUCCUCUACCCAUGUCCUGGCUACCCCUUCUGCAAUGAUCUCGAAACUACCCGUGUGGAGAAAAGACAAGACUACCCUCUUUCUCUCUUACUGGGAACUGACGAGCCCUUAAUACCUCCUGUCCCCCUCAGUUUUAGAAUGGACAGACAGACAGACAGACAGACAGACAGACAGACAGACAGACAGACAGACAGAAAUCAAUCAAUCAAUCAAUCAAUCAAGUGGUUCCAGCUGUAGAUUGCAGGAAAUGACCCCGCUGUACUCAGCAGCACUACCUUGUUAAUAAAUUCUGAGGAGAACCCUGAUAUAGUUCUGGUACUCUUCCCUCUAGGCCUAACUUCCUGACCCCAAUCAUCCACACUUCCCUCUAGGCCUAACUUCCUGACCCCAAUCAUCCACACUUCCCUCUAGGCCUAACUUCCUGACCCCAAUCAUCCACACUUCCCUCUAGGCCUAACUUCCUGACCCCAAUCAUCCACACUUCCCUCUAGGCCUAACUUCCUGACCCCAAUCAUCCACACUUCCCUCUAGGCCUAACUUCCUGACCCCAAUCAUCCACACUUCCCUCUAGGCCUAACUUCCUGACCCCAAUCAUCCACACUUCCCUCUAGGCCUAACUUCCUGACCCCAAUCAUCCACACUUCCCUCUAGGCCUAACUUCCUGACCCCAAUCAUCCACACUUCCCUCUAGGCCUAACUUCCUGACCCCAAUCAUCCACACUUCCCUCUAGGCCUAACUUCCUGACCCCAAUCAUCCACACUUCCCUCUAGGCCUAACUUCCUGACCCCAAUCAUCCACACUUCCAAACGCUUUAUCUCAAACCACAAGGCUAGUAGCUAACAUAAUAAUGCUUUUAUCACUGCUGCUGAUGAUGAUGAUGAUGAAGAUGACUGUGGAUACAAACUUGUGCAUCUCCCUACUCUAAUGGGGAUAAGGAGCAUCUCUCUUCAGUGAGGACUAUCUUGGUUUGGGCCUUGGCCUGGUCUGCUGGCGUAUGCUGCACGUUCUCUCUAGUGAUGGAUCGAUGACGGCCUGCAGGGGCCCGCGCGGUAGCCCUGUCUGUCCGCUCUGUAUGAAGCCCCUCUUCCUUUCUCCGCUGCCACUCUCUGGCAUCUUCUUGGGUCAGUCAGCGCCACUUUCGUCUGAGGGGACUAGGAGUGACGUCACCUGUCAGAAGACGAUGCACGAUGGAUGGAUGGAGGGAGCGCGUCACCAGACCAAGCACCUGCAGGGCUACACACAGACAGUAUCACUCCGUCAUGAUAAAAUACGAUUAAUGACACGCUUGCCUUUUCGUCACAACAACCGAUAUCUGUGUUGUGUUGAGCCCAUCUGCUCCCCUGUUGAUGUGGCUAUCAGCUGGGUUUUGUUUGGGAGGCAUCAGUAUAUUUUUGCCACCUGGCUGUGGAACUGAACAACACACCGACUGUUUCAUGAAUGAAGAGGGCUGCACUAUAUUGUUAAAUGAACUAAGGCCUUGUUGGGUUUUUUUACAUGAUGAAAACAUGUUUGUUUGGUGACUGGACAUUAGGUCACAUUUCUUUUUCCAAUCUAUUUAUAUUGUGUGGCUGUAAGGUUGGGUUCACUAGAGGUGUUUGUCACUUGGUCCGGAUGCGCUAAAUGUGCGUAUGCAUGUGUGAGAGUGUUGUGUUUGUGUGUGUCUAUCUUUGCCUCUGUAUACGUCAGUUAGGCGAGAGAGAAAGGACAUGUCCAUAGAAUGGGUACACCAGAAAUAUUACCCAGGAUUUCCUGCCCUUAGUAGAAAUGGCUUCACACAGCUACCCCAGUUCAAGAUGGCUUCCCUCUUUUCCUGCUUUUUACAACGGUCAGAAGAACAAACAGUCAUUACUGUAAGAAUACAGUACAUCAUGUAUAUUUAAAUGUUCAAGGACUAAAAUGUCCUCCAUUUUUCUGCAGAGUUGCUUCAGAAUAACCUUGUGGAUCUGCGACUUUUAAAAAGCUUAAACUGAAAAACCUUGCUCAAAACCGGAGCAUUGACACAACUGCAACUGGUUGCAGGAAACGACAGCUAUCUUUUGUUGUAAAUGUUCAGUUCAAAUUUAAGUGAGCAGUUUUAAUUUACCUUUGAUGAUAAAACCACUCGUAUAUAUUGAGUUGAGGUCAUCAUCCUAGCUCAUUAGGUUGAGGAGACACGGUCUGAGUCUAGUCUGGCUUUUUUGAAAAAAAAAUUCACUUAAAAAAAAGAAGUUUUAUUUGUCGGUUUUUCCACCUGUCAUUGGCUUCAUAAACGCAAACAGAGAACGUUGCCUUAGACCUGGUACAUUUUAUUACUUUUCUUUUGUUUCUACUUGUAUCGUAAGUUUCCAUCUUUACCUGCUAUGAUAUUGAAGCGUCUUCUGUGUUUCCCAAUGGCCUUACUUUUGUAUUUUCUAGUCAUACAACUGUCUUGUGUAUUUUUCAAUGUGUUUUAUUUUUGUUUUUGGACUUGACUAAAGAAAGUCCAUCCUUCUCUUCUCUCCGUCCACCCCAAGGCUUCUUCAGCAACCGUGAUUUUUCAAAAGCCUAAGCACAUGAAACAAAUCGCCCUUCUUUCUUUCUUUUAAUGUCUAUCAUACAUUGUAAAUGUUGCGUUUUAAGGGACUAUUUCUUUGCGUCCAGACCACCGUUGUACAGUGGUGUUUCCUCCAUCUCUUGAUUCUGCAUUUCAAUGCUUUCAUGUUUUCUUUUUGUCCUCUGUACAUUGCAGUGGGUUGUGAAGAUCGUAUUUUAAUAUUUGUAUAAAGUUUAAUUUAAUUAUACGGUGUGUGUGUGUGUGUGUAUAUAACUAUUUCUAAUUAAAGCUUUUUUGAAAGCGUG